AAUAAUAAUUCAUGGAACCGCAAUUUCAGGAACAAUUCUGGGGAUGCACUGUUGCUGCUAAUUCUUCUGAGACUGAGAGUCUGGAACUUUCUGAGCUUCAUGUCUCAAACGUUGCUUUAAAGAAUGUGAAAGUUAAGAACCCUGUCGUCGUUAAGGUUACCACUGGAGGCAACACUUUCACGCUGUGCACUCUGUCUAAAGAGUUCCCUCAGUAUGCUGUGGAACUCGUUGCUUUCUCUGCAGAUGAGAGCAUCUCCUUUUCUGUGGAAGGAGAAUCCGAUGUUGAUAUCACUGGUAUCAUAAUCUCCGUCGUGGAAGAGGAAGAAGGAGAGGAAGGAGAGGAAGAAGAGGAGGAAGGAAGCCAAGAGGAGGAAGAAGAAGAAGAAGAGGAAGAGGAAGAAGAGGAAGAAGAGGAAGAAGAGGAAGAGGAAGAGGAAGAAGAAGAAGAAGAAGAAGAGGAGGAGAAGGAGGAAGAGAAGAAAGAGUUGCCAAAGAAGAGUCAGAAGCGUGCUGCUGAGACCAAGUCUUCUGAAGAAAAGCGCGCGAAAAAGGAGGAGCCUGAGGUUGGAAGCAUCAAAAAGAUCGGCCAGUAUAUUACCUACAAGGACAUCAAGAUCGGAGAGGGCAAAUCUCCCCGCAAGGGAUCGAAGUGCACCGUGAAAUACGUUGGAACGCUGCCCAACAAGCACGUCUUCGAUCAGUCGAAGAAGCCUUUCGUGUUUAAGAUCGGCGUGGGUGAUGUGAUCAAGGGAUGGGAUGACGGUAUCAUGACGAUGCGCGAGGGAGGAAGAAGAAAGUUGGUCAUUUAUCCCGAGGCUGGAUAUGGCAAGACGGGAUAUCCUCCUACCAUUCCUCCCAAUAGCAAGCUGGUCUUUGAUAUCGAGCUGUUAAAGGUUAACUAG